GGACAAGCGGUUCAUGGUGGACAACAAGGCCAUCACCAAUGACCCGUGGAUCCACAUUGGUGACUUGUACCCGGAAGGCAAGAAACUGCCGCUCCUUCCCGAUAAGCUGGGCCGAGACCAGUUUGAGCAGGGCAGUCACUUUGAGUGCUGCUGCUUGACCGCCUUCGCGACACUUGUGGACCACCACCCCGAUGUAAUCCGCAACUUGUUUAUAACUAAGAAGGUGCGAAAGGACGGCCGCUACACCUUCCAGUUCCACAGGUAUGGUCAGUGGAUGAAGGUGGAAAUUGACGACCGCAUCCCGCUGCUGGAGAAGCAGACCCUCUUCUGUCGUUCCCCUACCCGCCAUUGGUGGCCCUUGUUGUUGGAGAAGGCGUACGCAAAGUUUUAUACCCUGUACCAGAACGUUGAGGGGUGCACACUGCAGGAGUUGUACUACGACUUUACUGGAUGCCCCGUGGUGAGCAUCCCGACCGAUCUGAAACUUGCGAAGUUCGCCACGUAUCCAAUUGAUGAGCCGGAGUUUUGGCUAAAUCUUAACGAGGGUCUCAAGGAGUGUGCAUAUGGAGCUACCGCGCGGUCAGGGCUUGUAUCCAAUACAGGGAUUCAAGAAAAUCAGAUGUACGGCGUGCUUGGGAUUUUUCCCCUUUUUAAGGUGUCGGAUCUUACUGUUUUUGAUCUUUUUGUGAAACUAAGUAACCCGUUUGUUGAGUCAGUCUACACGGGCCCCAUGAAUAAUGAGGAUAUCCGUUGGACCCCUGCAUUGCGUUCCUCUUUUGCGCCUGAACGGCAUGAUGUAAUCUACAUGCCUGUUACAGUGUUCCUUGAGACUUUUUCCAGCAUUGAGAAGGUCUUGCUUGGGGGCUUGAUGCUGCCGAGCUGGCACUUUAACAGCGAGUGGGGUGAGGGUACGAGUGGAGGCAACCCCACCCUUGUGACGUGGCGUGAGAACCCACUGUAUGUGGUGCGGAACACUUCCGAGGAGCCCUUGCAGAUUAUAGCGACGAUUGGGCAGCCGGAUCAGCGACACAAGCUUCAUCUGAUGCCACAUCAGGAGUUGGAUUACAUCCAAUGCGGUCUUGUUCUCUCGCAGAGUACGGAUACGACGAUGAUUCCCACUUAUCUGGUGACGGCAAAUAACCAUCGUAUGGUGCACAAAGGCCUUUAUAUGGACCUUCGUGAAGUCGUUAACAGAAUUGUGGUGCCGCCGAACUUUUUUGGGUACCUUGUUCCCAGCGCCAUGUUUCACGAGCAAGGCAAAUUCUUAUUGUCCUACUGGUACUCUAAAGCAAGUGAUGAAAAAACUUUGAACAUUACGCGACUGCACGUCAACGUGGCACGACACUUGCCGGCCAUUGCGCACGUCACAUUAGAGCCUCAACAAAAGAGGCGUGUUGAUUUUGUGGUCGAUACCCCGACUGAUGCGCAUAUUUUACUGCGCCAGGAAAAACCAUAUCGUACCCCCAGCUGCUCAGAUGCCAUGACAGAAGAUUUUGUUGGCAUGCACUUGUAUGAUGGGGACAGCAGGCGCAUAGGCGGGGUUGCUUCCGCCACAAACUUUCGUGAAACUGGUAUAGUGCAUCAUCUUCCAAGUGCUGGCCAUUAUGCGCUUUCCAUUACAUGUCCGCAUGCGAAUGGUCUUGUUCCAGUGCGGGUUGAGGUUGUGGCCAACGGGGAGGCCCACGUUCGUACGACUGAGCCACCGAUUGAUACUGUCGGGUUUCACGACGACGAAAUCGAAAUGACCGAAGAGGCCUUGAGGACUUCUCUACCGCAGACGUCACUGGAUGUCAAUUCAAGAGGGAUCUCGUCACGUGGAGCAUCAGUCUCCGCACGAACGUCAGGUCUUCCUGUAGAGGUUGGCAUUAGCCACCAAGACCUUUCCUUUCUUGACCCAGUACAGGAGGGCAUUCCCAUUCAGGACAUAGAUCUUAUGGGCGAUGAUGCGUUUGCUGCAAUGACGCGUGAACGCAUGAAACUAAAGAGGGACCCUCUUGCGAAUGCGAACAAGAUCACUGCCCUCGAAGCGGAGAUGAAUCAGGUUGCUCGUGAAAUGGCUAAAAGGAUGCAUGCCAAGGAGCGUACCUUUCUUGAUCCAGAGCCCGAGGGCGUCCCGCUUGGGUUGCUCUCAUUAAACAACAACGAGGCGUUUUUAGGACUGGAGCGUGAGCUUCGUGCCUUAAACCUCAAACCGCGGAAGGAUGCCAAUGCAAUUGCUGCUCUUGAAGACGAGUUGUUUGACCGAACACACGUGCUUGCAAGUGAGCUCAAGAAGAAGGAACGAGACAUGUUUCUCGAUCCACAACCGGAGGGCGUGUCAGUGUCUGAGCUGCCGCUGGAUUCGGAUGAGUUAUUCCACGCGAUGGAGGUGGAACGCCUGUGUCUUCGCAAUGAGGAUCCGAGCGCCAAUGCGGCAAAAAUUAAGGAGCUUGAGGAUGCGUUGAAUGAGCGUGCCCACGAGUUAGCUCAUUUGCAGUUUCAUAAAGAAAGAGCCUUUCUGAAUCCCGAGCCCUUUGGGUUUCCGUUGGAAGAGCUUGGUUUAGAAUACGAUGACGCCGUUGUGCGGGGCGAAGCGAAGCUGCGCGAGUUGAGAAAGGACCCGAAGAAUAACGCAGCGGAGAUAAGGGCCAUGGAGGAGGAAGUUUCCAACCUGGUGGAGGACAUUGCUCGCAAACGGUCAUCACUUGAUCGUGCGUUUCUUGACCCCGAGCCGGAGGGACGUCUUGUGGAACAUUUGCCGCUGAAUGAUGACAAGUCGUUUGUGGCGAUGGCAACAAAAAGGCACAAGAUGCUGCGUAGAGGCGAGGACCCGGAUAAGGUGAAAGCGCUUGAGAAGGCAAUGAAUGAUGGCGCACAUGAAAUUGCCCGCGCAUUGAAUGCAAAAGAACGUCCUGCCUAUUUAAAAGAGGCCCCGUGCGGAGUCCCUCUCGAGGACUUACCACUGGAGUCGGAUCAGGAGUUUCGUGAGUUUGAGGCGAAGCGCCAACGGCUGCUGCGUGACCCGAGGCACACUUCGGCAGUCGAGGAAGUCGAAGCAGCGUUAAACGCUCGUGCGGAGGAGCUUGCAAAGAGGCAGUUGGCAAGCGAUCGCGGGUACAUGGAUCCAGCUCCGGGUGGUGUUCCGCUGUCGCUUCUUCACCUCGACGACGACGCUCCAUUUCAAGCGCUCGAGGCGAAGCGUGCCCAACUUGGGAAGAACCCACAGCGGAACGCAAAGGUUAUUCGUGAGGUGGAGGAGGAUCUCCUGGACCGUGCCGCGGAACUGGCUGAAGAUCUAAAAACAUCUGAGCGGAAGAAAUUUUUGAACUCGAGGCCUAACGGUGUGCCCAUUGAGGAUGUCCCGAUCAGCAGCGAUGAUAUAUUUCAUAACUUGGAGAUUAAGAGGCUUCUGCUGCUUGGGGACACUGUCAAGAAUGCGACUGCCAUCAGCAGCCUGGAGGACGCCAUGAAUGAAAGGGCCUUGGAAUUGGCUGCGAAGUUGUUGGUGGAUGAACGUGCCUUCCUGGAUCCUGAGCCUCUAGGCAUUCCUAUUGAGGAGCUUCCACUUGACAGCAACAAGGAGUUUAUGGUGAAGGAGGCGGCUUUGCGUAAGCUUAGUCGAGAGGUGCCAUUGGACAAUGAGGCUAUUGAUUUACUGAGGGAUGAAAUGCUUCAACUGGAGUACUCGAUAGCUAACAGCGAACUUAUGGCAUUCCGUGCCACCUUCUUGGAUGCUGAACCAGCGGGUCGUGCUAUUGAGGAUCUUUUAUUGAAUGAUGAUCCAGAGUACAUGACUUUGGAGAAGAAGCUCCGUGCGCUAAUAGGUUCUUCUACCGCUGAACCGGGCUUGGUUGAAUCCUUGAAGGCUGCACUGAAUGAGCGAGCCUAUAAAGUGGCAUUGGCGCUGAAUGCCUCUGAGCGAAAAGAUUAUUUGGACUCCUCCCCGUUGGGGGUUCCUCUGGAAAAGUUGUCGCUGGAUACGGACACAAGAUUUGGUGAACUUGAAGCCGAUAGAGCCCGCUUGCGACGAUUCCCAAAUGAAAACCUAGAGAAAAUAUCGAGUGUUGAAGCAGCAUUGAACAGUCGUGCAAGGGAGCUUGCAAGCGAGGCACUUCACGGCGCUCGUGGCUACCUUGACGCUUUUCCUGAGGGCGUACCUUUGGAGCUGCUGCCCCUUGACACUGAUGCACGAUUUUGUGAGCUAGAGCAGGAGCGCGCACUCAUUUUGUCCGCAGAGGUGUUUGCUCCGUCGGAGCUGUCCAACAUUGAAAAGGCUCUUAACGACCAUGUACAUGAGUUAGCUACAGAAUUCAAAAAGGUUGCCCGCACACAUUACGUCAAGGAGUCCGAGCUCCCCAUACCGGCAGAGAGACUCUACCUGGACGCCGAUAUUCCAUUCAAAGAAUUGGAGGCUAAAAGGUUUCAGCUGCUCACGAAGGAUCCACAAACCGUUGCUCACCUUAUUACAGCAGUCGAAGAGGCCCUAGCCAAGCGCGCACAAGAGCUAGCAAACACAAGAAAAGAGGAGCUAAUAAAAUUCCUUGACGAACAUCCACUCGGUAUACCAAUCUCCACUCUUCCACUAUGUAAAAACGUAUCAUUUAUGGAAAAACUGGAGGAUCUUCACCAACUUCGAAAGCAAAAAGGAAAGGCUGAUGAAAUUGCUACAGCAGAACAUGAACUUAAUGAAAUGGUAUAUGAGAUGGCCGCAAAAGCACUAGAGGAGAGGUACCCCUAUCUUGACCGAACACCAGAAAACAUUCAUAUAAGGUACCUCCAGCUACUAGAAGACCAACAGUUCGUUGCGAUGGAGCAGGAGCGCGAGCGCCUUCUGGAGGACCCGCGCCGGAAUGCGAAGGAAAUCGCUGCACUGGAGGAAGACAUGAACGUCCGUGCACACGAGCUCGCACGCGACAGGAAGCUGGCGGACCGGGCGUUUUUCAAUCCGGCGCCGGAGGGUGUGCCCCUGCGCGAGCUUGCGCUGGACGACGACAAGGACUUCGUUGCGAUGGAGCAGGAGCGCAAGCGGCUGCUGGAGGACCCGCGCCGGAAUGCGAAGGAAAUCGCUGCACUGGAGGAAGACAUG